AUGUCCAUUGCAGGCAAGAACGUGAUUAAAACAGUUGCCACUAUCGGCACCGGCGUUAUAGGAGCCAGCUGGACUGCUCUAUUUCUGGCUCGAGGGCUCAAGGUCCUAGUGACGGAUCCUGCUCCGAACGCAGAGAAGAACCUCAAGACAUAUUUGCAAGCGCAAUGGCCAACACUUACUCGAAUUGGGCUCAGCGAAGGGGCUUCCCUAAAAAAUUACACCUUUGUGAAUUCACUGGAUAAUCAUUUCGACGAGAUUGAUUUCAUCCAAGAGAAUGGCCCCGAGCGGGUAGAAUUCAAACGCACCCUGUUCGCCUACCUAGACGAAAAAGCACGCCCAGAGGUCAUCAUCGCAUCUUCGUCGUCUGGAAUCCCAUCUUCCGAAUAUGUGUCAGCGUGCCGUCAUCACCCUGAGCGGGUCCUGGUCGGGCAUCCUUUCAACCCACCACAUUUAAUUCCUCUCGUGGAGGUCGUGCCACAUGCAGCUACAAAUCGGGAGACUGUUGUCCCACGAGCUAUGGACUUCUACAAAAGUCUGGGAAAGAAGCCAGUGCUUAUUCAGAAAGAGAUCCCCGGGUUCAUCGUCAACAGGCUCCAAGCUGCCAUAUUGAUGGAAGCAUAUAGCUUGGUGAGCAGAGGUAUUAUUUCAGCAGCAGACUUAGAUACCACAAUGACGUCUUCUCUUGGUCUACGGUGGGCGCUCAAUGGUCCUUUUGCCCUGAACGCUAUGGCGGGCAAUGGGAGUUUUCAGCACUUCUUGGAGCAUCUUGGCCCGGCUGCUAAAUCGUGGCAUGAUGACAUGCGUAACAUACGUUUGAAAUGA